UGUCCGGCCAUAAGUGCCAGCGUUUGUCUCUCUGAAUCUCACUCUCUACGUGGGGCGCCAUUAAUUUACUUCUCCUUCCUUCAGUCAAACCUGCACCCUCCAAAACCGCCGCAGCUGUCGCCGGCGACCGUCCUCCGCCGCGAUGCAUCCUUCUCUGCUCCUCCUCCUCCUCAUCCUACUUCCGCUCUCCGCCGCUUCAUCGCUACCGCACCACCAUUCCGAUUUCACCAAAAGUCGCCUCCGCCGGUCCUCCGAACCGCCGCGAGAAUACGUCGAGAUCGCGCGUCCUCUAUCCACCGACUCCCUCACUCCGUCAUGCACGCUGCAGAUCCUCUCGCACAGCUUCGGAAACUGUUCCGCCUACCGCGCUCCGACCAAUACUACCUAUUCGCAUCCUCUGAAUUGCAGGUGGUCACGCGCCGUGUUGCAUCUCUCCGCCGCGGCGAACGGAUCUCAGCGCGACCGAAUCGCCGCCGUUUGGCUCUCCGGCGCGGAGAUUCUCCGCACCAGUCCCCCGGAGUCGACUUCUAACGAAGCAGUCUGGAAUGUUCGGAAGGAUGUUACGAGAUACUCCUCUCUCCUCCGGAAAUCGAAUCUCACUCUGUCGGUUAUGCUGGAGAACGUCGUUAAUGGCGUGUACCAUCUGAAUCUCACCGUUCUGUUCUACGACGUUGCUACCAACGAAACCGCCGUCUCCGUUAACUCUCCGUUAUCUCUGUUUUCGCCAAAUCGGAAGGCAAUGAUUAGGGAAUUAGGAGAGCUCCAGCCUGUAUCAAUCCCAGAGAAUUACUCUUUGGAAAUGGAUGAAAAUCCUGCCGAUUUGAUUAUCCCCAUAUCUGCAAGCGGAGAGGAAGGAUUUUGGUUCAAAAUCCAGAGCCAACACGACGCCAUCUACCAUGGAAUCAAAAUUCCACCAAACACGUACAGAGCUGUAAUUGAGGUAUAUGCUUCAUUCCAUGGAUACGAUGAGUUCUGGUACUCGAACCUCCCUGAUUCCUACAUACAGUUGAAUCAUUUGCCUACAAAAAGAGGCAACGGAGCGUAUCGAGAAGUCGUAGUAAGAAUUGAUAACAAUGUUGCUGGAUCAUUGAUUCCAUUUCCUGUAAUCUACGCAGGAGGAAUCAAUCCAUUGUUCUGGGAACCUCUGGUUUCAAUUGGGGCUUUUGAUAUUCCUUCUUAUGAAAUCGAAUUGACUCCAUUUCUAGGCACAUUGCUUGAUGAGAAAGUGCACUAUUUAGGGCUUGGGGUCUCUGAUGCUCUAUCAUUCUGGCUAGUCGAUGCAAAUCUGCAUUUAUGGUUAGAUACUAAAGUGGACAAGGUUCAGGCUGGGGUAAUUAGCCCCGGCGAUCCGAGCAAAUCUGAGAUCGAGCGCGAGUCUAAGUUCCAGCAGCUGGAUGGGAAGUUUGAGGUUGAGGGGACGAGGAAAAUCGAGGUCUCAGGGUGGGUGAAUUCGAGUGCUGGAAAUAUCACCACCAUUGUUACCAGCAAGGUGAAGCUCGAGAAUGAGAUAAAGCUGAAGAGCAAUGGAACAGUAAAGGACAUCGACCAUGAAGUAAAGAUGACUAGUAAAGUGACCCUAAAGUCUGAUGCAGGGCAGAUCAUUUCCUACGUCGAAGUGGAGAAGAAGUACCCUCUCGAAAUGACAAUAACCAGCCUGCCCGGAUCAGGAUCAGAUGACUACUUGAUGAUCACAAAGCUGGAGAAUUCAAUGGAGGAGGAGAGGAAGAAUGGCACGUUUAAGAGCAGUCUAACCAACACUCAGAAAUCGAACGGGUGGAUGUUUGUGGAGGAUUGUAAUGUGAUAUCUGGUGCAUCGAGCACGCAUCAAACGUAUGAAAUCAAGGAUAGUUUUGGUUGCUAUAGCCGUGAUGUUCUUGCUGAAGAUGGCUCGAUCAAGAGCGACACCGAGUAUCUUGUCUGUGCAGUUGUUGCUGCUUCAUGAGAUGAGAAUGGAGCUUAAGUUUGGUAAUGAUCUCUUCCCUUCUUCAGCUCUUUUUCUUUUUAUGAACAUUUGAAUGCCUUUUUUUGUUGUGUGUUUGGUUUUAGGAGUAAUGGUUUGGUGUUGUUUGUGUGGGAAAGAUUUUGUGGAAUCACUGCUUGGUUCUUGAAUGUUUUAGAUAAAAAGUUGGCUCUUUUUAUGCCUGUUUAGUAUAUAAUCUUUGGUAAGUUUAAUAAGAUAGGUUGGAUCAAAUCUUAGAGGUUGCUUUAUUCUAUAGUGAAAGAGAAACUUCUUCAACUUUUAGUUUAUGAGCUUAUUGUGAAAUACUGUGCUAAUAAGAUGUUAUAAUAUUUUAUACGACACAUUGUAACA